UAGAACCAGCACAAGGUGAAGCGUUGUCGACCUUAUUUCGAGUACACUGUUCACAUAAAAAAGGAGUAUACACGUUUGAGGUAUACAGUGUCACUGAAAAAUCGGAAACACUUUUGGCAAGAAGUAUAUUAUUGGGUAAUAUAGAAUUUGUCUUGAGUGCCGGUGUUCACGUUUUAGUAAAAAUGAUAGAUCCUUAUGAAUUCAAUGAUAUCCAAUUUCUCACAGUUGAUGUAACAGACACAUUAAAUCCAGAAGAAAAAUCUUUGGAUAAACAACUCACCAAGAGAUACUAUGAUAAGAAAUCGAAAUUCUCCAUUGUUAAUUUAUUAGCGAAUAAGAAAUACUAUGAGCUUAUGCAAUUGCUUAAUGUUUUUGCGGACGAAUUAGAACAACUUUCACAAAACGCUAAUUUCAAAAAAACUGCAUCGUUGUACAAAAACAAAUUAUUGACUGCACUCCAAUCGAUACCUUUAACUGAUGUAUAUCUUUGCAAACAAGCAGCAUCUAUUGCAACGAAAAUUAGCCUAGACGAAAUUGGGCAUCAGAACCCUAAUGUUGCCUGGAAAGCUACAGCUGUGUGUGUCGAUGCGGCUAAAAAAACUUUGGAUCAUUAUAAUAAAGUCCAAUUCGUUGGAAGUUUCGCAGAAGAAAUAUCCGAUACUGGCGGAUUAUUUGCUGAAUGCACUCAAGUAGGCCUAUCGACAAAUCAUGACGUACUGAAAACUAGACACAUCUUAACUACGCUAUCGACUCCUUAUCCAUUGCUGAAAAUACACGCUAUUACCGAACAUUAUCCAGAUUACUUUGACGAUGAAGGUGUUUCUAGGAAUAAAAUGAAGUUGGAACGUUCUUGUCAGAACUUGAUAAGUUUAUGUGCAUUGAGUACCGAAUUACUUGUCACUCCUCUUUCUCCAUAUCAAGACGGAAGCAUCUCCAAGUAUGAUCUCUUAGAAGUUAUAGCAAUCAAAAAAUUUGGAAAAGAUUUACAAGAUUUCUCCAUUAGUUCUUUGGGUACUGAAGUACAACCAUCGAAAGAUUUUCUAAAUUCUAAAGAAGUGGAAAUUUCUAUGUGUACUACUGAAACUAAUCCCUUUAUAUCAAUAAACAAAGAAAAAAUAGAAUCACCCAUUGCUAUUAUCCAAUUUCGUUCCAAAAAAGUGAUAACCAGCUUUCAUCAUCCAUUUACAAUUUCCUUCAAGUAUGCUGUGAAUGAUUCAAGAUACAUUACACAUAAAGGGACAACCUUAAGACAUACAGGCAAAACCAAAACUAAGGAAGAUGGAAAAUUUGAAGCAAUGACCAUGUUUCAAAUUGAUGUUAUUAGAAAUCAAAGUUAUUUCAUUGUAUUUACAGAAUUCAGUCAAUCUAUAAACAUAUAUGUAACCAAAUUUUACAAACCAACACCAGCUGAGUUCGAAGACAAAUGUACUGAAAUAACAGAAGUAGGUAAAACAAUAUUCAUUGAGAAUACUAUGGAUUAUGAUCAUUGGGAUUAUUUAACAGUUGUGCCGAGUACUGGCAAAGCCAAAGUUAAUUUCAAGUUUAGGGUAUUCACAUAUUCGUGUUCCAGCUGGCAGGUAUCCACACGAUCAUGGACGAAUGCAUGUGGGAGCUCGAACGAAUCAAACAGUGAGAAAAUUGUUUGUAAAUGCUACCAUUCAUCUGUAUUUUCGGGCAAAAUGAAGAACAAUCCAGUCAAAGAAGAACAUACAUUAUAUACACAACAUAAACUUGAAGUACAAGCUAGUUUUAUAAUUUUUUUGUCCGUUCUGGUAUUAUGGAUUUUAUAUUGCGCUUUUCUAACAUACUUAUCUUUUGUUAAAGAAAAGUAUAAGAGACAAGAUAUUUAUUUUCUGAGCGAUAUUCCAAGUUUUUAUCGGUAUGGAUAUCUUGUUAUUGUGAAAACUGGAAACACAGGCACAACAUCGAAUGUAAUGAUGAAAAUAUAUGGAACAAAUACCGAGAGCAAAGAACACGUUUUGAAUUUUCCCGAUCCCGAUAAGAAAAUUUUACGAAAAGGACAAGAAGAUUGGUUUUUCUUUGCCACACAAUACUAUUUAGGUGAUAUAAAGAAAAUUGAAAUUUGGUUUGAUUCGGUAGGAUAUAGACCAUCCUGGGAAUGUCUGGAAAUUGAAGUUGUAGAUCUUCAGUUACAGAAGAAUUGGUUAUUUGAAAUAAAUUUCAAAUUCGAUAUAAAAAAUUCUGAAAAUCAUGUUUUCACAGCUAAACCAAGGAACACAGAACGUUUGUCAAAACGCGGAAUAUUCUUGAAAAAAAUGAAAACGGGAUUUCGGGGACCACACCCAUGGAACAUUUUCUAUAAAGAAACGUCUCUGAGUAAUAUCGAGAGAUUAACCAUCAUGUUAUCAAUUUUUAUAACGAUAUAUAACAUAGUUUUGAUGUUUUACGGCCUUCCAGCUUUCAAACAAAACGAUGGCCUAGACUAUUUCUGUGAGUACCAGUUUGACGCGAAGAUAAUUUGGGCAACAGUUGCUGCAUCAAUUUUAACGUUUUUAAUCCAUUAUCCUCUAGUUUAUUUGCUAAGAUUGCGUUCAGAAAAUGGUGGAUUUCAAAAACAUCCCAAAUUACACAAGUAUCUGAUUGACGUUAGCAAUCGAAUAUGCUGGUUUAUUUUAAUAUUUAUAAUAUUAGUUUCAAUGACGAUGACUCUUUUAUUCGGAUUUUGGGUCCCACAUAUCACUAGCUUGAUGUGGCUAACUACCUCAAUUGCGAGUGUAUUAGUGUAUUCAUUUUUAUUAGAAAACCUUGCCCGAUUAAUCAAGGGAUUUUUGCAAAAAGGAAACACUCGAAUGAAAAAGAUUUUCAGUAAAAGUAAUACAAUCCUACAUUACGUUGAAGCACAACGAAAUAAUUUUUAUAAUAUGUUUGGUAGGAUAAGUCUAAGACCGUAUUUCAAAAAAGUUUACAAACCUUUAGACAAAGAAUCAGUUAAGGAACGUCAACAUUGGGAAAAACAAAAAGAAAAACUCAUCGAAACAUUCGAAGAUAUAAUUAUGAUAGGAAUAUAUGUGUUUUUGCUUUAUAUCAUUUUGGUUAGAGACAAAGAUCCCAUGGCGAAUAUCAGUAAUUUAGAAAUGCGAGAUUUGAUAAGAGGACAUCAUUCAAAUACGUAUUCUGAACAUAUUUUGAGCACAAAAGAGAUACAAAAUUAUAUACAAAAUACUCUUAUACCAUCAAUGCAAUCACCGCAAUGGUAUGACAGAUAUAUCGCGAAAGAUCCUGGUAGUUUGACAGAUAAUUCUAAUAAAUAUAUAGGCAUAGCUAGACUUAGACAAAAACGAGCAGAUAACAUAAGUUGCGCAAUACCAUCGUCCAUGAAAUUUGCAACCAACUCCUGCGUGUCGCCAUUUUCGACUGGUCCGGAAUAUAGAACUUUCAGUCAAAAGUGGGGGCAUAUAUCCGGGCUAGAUGGUUUUUCUAGAUUGGAAUUUAUUUGGGAUUAUCAAAGUGUUUUGAAAACUGGAACUUUGGGGUAUACAGGUAAAUUCGCUAGUUACUCAGGUGGAGGCUAUGUAGCGCCUUUAGGAAGAACAAUGAGAAAUUCGUACAUAAAUUUCAGAUUUUAUAAAAGAAAUGUAUGGAUAGAUGAACGUACUAGAUGUUUAUUUAUUGAAUUCCUCACCUACAGCGCAAACUCGAAUUUAUUUAAUAACGUAAAAAUAAUAUUUGAAAUAAGCCCGAGCGGUUAUAUCCUUCCUAAUUAUCGAGCUCAAACUGCCAAGUUGUUGCUGGUAGGAGAAGAAUCGAAUGCGUUCACGUUGAUAGUAUUAACUUUUUUUUCAUUAAUAGUGAUAUCACUGAGUAUAAGAUCGAUAAACGAUAUAAGAAAAAAGAAGGCAAUCGUUUUUAAAGAUUUUUGGCGCUUAGUUGACAUCGUGUUAAUAACUAUGACUCUAAUUUGUCUUUUUUUAUACCUUAAAAGAAGCCAUGAAGUAGGAGAGUUUCUAAACAGAGUUAAACAAGCUAAACAUAAUAAGUUCAUCAACUAUUUUUAUUUGUUUUACGCGGAAUCUGCUCUAACAACCUUAGCUGCUAUUUUAGUAUUUUUAGCCACAUUCAGGCUAUGGAAACUUCUUAGAUUUAUGGUUAUCAUUAAAGUUGUGGAAAAAACUUUGGAUAUUGCUGCUAAAUUUCUAUUAUGUCUAUUUAUUUUACAUCUCCAUUUAUUACUAAUAUUUGCAUCAGCUGGAUAUUUGUUAUUCGGAAACCAAUAUUACUCAUUUGAUUCUUUUCCAAAUUCAUUCAUGAAUUUAGUAUUAAUUUCAUUGGGAUUUCACAGUUUCGACUUUGAAUCCGCUGCUUCAACUUUAUUUCUCUUGUUUUAUUGCUCGUACAUGAUCAUGAGUAUAAUUUUUUUAACGGUUUAUAUAACUCUGAUUACAAUAUACUACGGGGAAGCCCAACGUUUAUACUCUGACCAACAAGAGUACAAUGUUUUAAAUUACGUAAAAGGGCAGUGCUAUUAUUAUAAAGAGCUGGCGAAAGUUAAAUUUAGAAAAUGUCGAUUGAAAGGUGGCCAAGAUGAGAAUUGGGAACGAAAGAAGCACGUUUUUCCUAAAUCUGAUGAACAUAGAUACGCUAAAUGUUUGACAUUGGAAAAAUGUAAACUUAGAGCGAUGAGGCAAAUAGCUUUAGAUUGUUUAAGAAAUUUUAAACCUAAAGCGAAGUUUACUGAAGAAGACGCGGAGCUAAUUAAAGGGACUAUUGUUCAAAUGUUCAAAACUUGUAAUGAUGAAAGCAAAGCCAUUUUCUUUUUGAGUAACUUGGUGGGAUGGAAAAUUAAAUUGAUCGAUGAU